AUGCGCCAUGCGGGUACACCUAUAGCGAUAGUCACCGCCUAUGAUUUCCCCACGGGCCGGGCCUGCGAUUUGUACGGGGCGGAUAUGACGUUAUGCGGGGACUCCCUGGGUCAAGUGUGCUUGGGCUACGACUCGACCACUCGACUGACGAUGGACGAGAUGGUGCACCACUGUCGCGCAGUCUCGCGCGGCAGCAAAAAUCCGUUCUUGAUCGCAGACAUGCCUUUCGGCGCCUACUACACCUCCCCCGAAGACGCGUUGCGGAACGCCAUCAGGCUGGUUCAGGACGGGGGUGCGGAAGGCGUCAAAAUGGAGGGCGGGGAAGAGCUCGCGCCUACAGUCCGCAAGCUGACCAGCGUCGGCAUACCCGUCAUUGUGCAUAUGGGUCUCACUCCCCAGCGCCACACUUCGCUCUCAGGAUAUCGCGUGCAGGGCAAGGACGCCCAAUCCGCAUUGUCCGUCCUCCGGACCGCUUUAACCCUUGAAUCCGCCGGCGCAUUCUCCAUCCUCCUGGAGGCGAUCCCGCAUCUUCUCGCCACGCAUAUCACCAACAGGCUGUCCGUGCCCACGAUUGGGAUAGGUGCCGGACCCGGGACCAAUGGACAGGUUCUCGUGUGGGAUGACCUCAUGGGGACGUGGCAUGGGCAUAAAGCCAAGUUCGCGCGACGCUUCGCGGACGGCCAAGCGGAAGAGAAGAAGGGGGUUACAUGCUUCGUUAUUGCGGUUAAGGAGCGAAGCUUCCCAGACUUGACGAGUGAGAGUUACGAGAUGGCUCAGUCGGAAUGGGAAAGGUUUCUAGAGGCCGAGAAGAGUUGA